UUUCAGCCGUCCGCCCAGCCUCUCAAUCUUUUGCAAACUGGGAAGAAAGAGGGAGUCCUCCCAACAACACGUCGCAACCCCCCAUCGCAGCCGCUGUCGCACCUACUGCACCCUAGAACUCUUCGCUGUCACCAUCCACAUCGCUUGGCAAAAUGGCGUUUACGAAACGACUGACGACACCCUAUACGGGAACGUUCGAUCAUACGCAUAGAUUCGAAACGUCUUGGAUCAUCUCGCCUGGUCUACUCUUUGGUCUCCGAGCUCUUUUAUCGCUUUACGCAUUCACCACAUUGUUCACCAUCUUUGGCUUCAAUGGCAGCCGCGGCAUGUCUGAGGCCUCACGCUAUUCGUUCUCGUACUUCACAUACCUGACAUAUUGGGGCCUCGCGUUCUACAAUGCUGUCAGUGCUGUGCAUACCUGUAGCUAUUGGCUCACUGGGACCCCGUUGUUAGCGCGGUGGCCAAGAGCACUUCAGAUAGCGCAUAGCAUGUUCUACUCUACUAUUGUGAUAUAUCCUUGGAUUGUUACUGCCGUUUACUGGGGAAUCCUCGCACCCGGCCGUUUUCCGUCUGCUUUGUCACUCUGGGCAAACACAUCUCAACAUGCCCUCAAUUCGGCCUACGCUUUGUUUGAGAUCGUCAUUCCUCGGACUGAGCCGUUGCCUUUCUUCGACAUAAUACCCACUAUCAUCAUUCUGGCCUUGUACCUUGCAUUGGCGUAUCUCACGUACGCCACGGAGGGCUUUUAUACAUACGGCUUCCUCGACUUGCAGGAGAAUUCAUCAGGCAUCGUGGCUGCUUACAUCGUUGGCAUUCUGGUCGUUGCAAUCAUCAUUUUCCUUGUUGUAAGGUAUCUUAUUGUGCUUCGUGUUUGGAUCACUGAAAAGAAAUUGAACAAACUUGGGAAGUUUUCGGCCCGCGGAAGCUUUACAGAAGUUGACGCCGAAGCGGAAAAGGGUAUCCCGCUACGCGACGUUAACGAGAGAUGAAGGCUGGAAUCUAGACCUAGGGGGAUAAGUUGUUAAUAGACUGUAAUGUUUUCUUUCCGUUCAGUAUUGUCUAAUAGUCCUUAACAACCGCGAUCAACCCCACUGCUGAUCUUCGGCUCGCGUUUGCGUCAAUCUCUUACUUUCUUUUUCCCACUCUUUUAGUUCCGUGGCAUGAACGCCUUGACCGUUUGAUACCCCCGCUUCUCAGGCCACAUGAUAAGGUAGGUAUCGACCGGAAGCUGUGCGUCGGAAUCGCCCGAAGCCUAGUCAAAGCGCAGAUCCCACGUCUG